AUGGACCCGGAGCUGGAGGAGCGGGUGCGAGAGGCUUUCCGGGACAAGCUGCGGCUGCUCCCGGCCGAGCUGCACGCAGCCCGUGGCAGGACGGAGGCAGCGCGGGGCCCGGCCACGCUCCCUCCAUCCACCCGUGUGCUCCUGAAGAGGCGGGAGGUGGCGGAGGUGGAGCGGGAGCUGCAGAACCAGCGGCAGGAGUUCCAGCAGCGGAUGCAGCGCCUGGCGCAGCGCCGGCAGCAGCUGGCCCGGAGGCAAGAGCAGCACCGCGAAGCCGUGCUCAGAUUCGACUCCUUCCUCAAGGCGGUGGCGGCCCGGCGGGAGCGGGAGCUGCGGCGGACGGGCGAGGAGCGGGCGCGGGCGGCAGCGGAGCAAGAGGAGAGCGCCCGGCUGCAGCGGGAGCUGGAGCGGCUGCUGCGGCACCGGGAGCGCCUGGCCCGGCGCCUGCGGAGCCUCCAGCCCUUCGGGGACUACCUGCGGGACGUGCUGGCCAGGAUGGGGCAGUUCCAGGACGUGCCGGCCAUGCUGGUGCAUUUCGGGGUGCUGGCGGGGGCGCGGGCAGACCUGGCACGGGAGGCAGAAGCCGGGCAGGAGCAGUUGGCCCAGGGCAGGGCACAGCUCCAGCGGUACCGACAGGACACCAGCAUCCAGCUCCUGGGCACCAGGAACGAGCUGGCCCGGCUCCACGCACGCCUGGAGGCUGCCCACCAGGAUGUGCUCCAGUGGGAGUCCUGCUGGACCCACAUCCAGAGCACAGCCAACCAGAAGACCCUGCUGCUGUGGCAGAUCAAGCUGGCUGUGCUGAACCUCUUCCAGCAGACCACUGCACAGCUCAGGAUCCCCACGGACAGAGCCCAGGAGGACACAAAGGCCCAGCUGGACAUGGUGCUGCUCUGCAUGCAGGCCCUGACUGACAUCUGUGCCACUGGCACCCACCCACAGCAGCACAGGAGUGCCAGGCUGCUUCGGGGCCAGGAAUAG